UUAUGUGUUAUUGACAGAAGACAUAGCCAGUUGUUUAUUGUUAUUUAAUAUUUAGUAAAAUUACAAAUAAAAUCAUAACGAAAUGUUUCGAAGAUUUCCCCUGCUAGUCAUUAGACACCUUCGUUCUAACUCAUCAACUGGUCAGUGCCAGUUUUCUGCCGCUGCCACUGACAAGCAAGAAAAAUGGGAUUUGUAUGCCGGUGUACUGGUGGAAAGAUUGCCAGUGGUUUCCAAAGAAUUGAAUGCUAUUGAAAAGGAAUUUCAAGAGUAUUUGUGGAAAGUUGAAUUCGAGAAGUCACUUAAAUCAAACACUGAACUCCAGCACGAACGCGACCUGAAACAAGCAGAACUUUUGAAGAAAGGUCAAAUAGAUUUGGACGAAGCUGCUGCAAAGCAAACGGUGCAAGACCUAAAGGAUGCUUACACUGAGGAACUAAAUAAAUUUCAAACAGCCUCUCGCACAACUGCCGAUGACAAAAGCAAAAAUCUAUUAUCAACUAACCGUAGUUUGGAUAAUACCCUUUAUCUAUUGGUCGAACAAAGUCUGGGUCCUAAAAGUCAUUUCCUUCUACCCCAAGGGCCACGCAUGGAUGGCGAAACAAUGCGUCAAGCUGCUGAACGUGUUGUUAGAGAGAAAUGUGGCAACAACAUGGAAGUACAAUUCUAUGGAAAUGCUCCUUGCGGCUUUUACAAAUACAAGUAUCCAUCAUCGGCUCAGCAGAACUCGGUCGGUGCAAAGGUGUUCUUUUUCAGAGCUUCACUGAAAAAUGGAAAUGUUGAUAAGAAUGCUAGUAAGAGUUUUGCAUGGAUGGAAAGGGACUCGCUAAGGGAUAAACUAAAGAAUGAAAAAUAUGUUGAAAGUGUGGAAAAGUUCUUAUUUUAAUGUUGUAACUUGUUGCGGGAAUAAAGUUGGAAAAAGUUUAAUUAUAUAACCAUA